AUGAUUCAGCUGACAGCUACCCCCACAAGUGCACUUAUUGAUGAGCCAGUGCAUAUCCGAGCUACAGGCCUGCCUCCCUUCCAGAUAGUGGUUCUUCAGGCAACACUGAAAGAUGAAACGGGGAAUCUGUUUCAUUCUCAUGCCUACUAUAAGGCUAAUGAAGUUGGUGAGGUAGACUUGGAGCGUGCCCCUUCACUUGGAGGUGACUAUGUAGGAGUCCACCCUAUGGGUCUCUUUUGGUCCUUGAAACCUGAAAAUAUUUUAACUAAAUUGUUGAAAAGAGAUGUGAUGAAUAGCCCCUUCCUGGUCCAAAUAAAACUUUAUGAUUCAAAUUUACCAUUAAUCCACAUCUCCACCACUGCUCCAAAAGUCAGCCUGACUUUGGAAAGGUGGUACACAGCGCCUGGUACCAAACGGAUCCAAGUUCGAGAAGGCCACAUUCGGGGAACCCUCUUUCUCCCUCCUGGAGAGGGCCGUUUCCCAGGGGUAAUUGACUUGUUUGCUGGUGUUGGUGGACUGAUUGAAUCUCGGGCCAGUCUUCUGGCCAGUCAUGGCUUUGUCACCUUGGCCUUGGCUUAUUGUGACUAUGAAGAUCUGCCCUCCCAACCAGAAAAGACAGAUUUAGAAUAUUUUGAGGAAGCUGUCAACUUUCUCCUAAGACAUCCUAAGGUCCUUGGCCCAGGUGUUGGGAUAGUUUCCAUAAGCAAAGGUGCAGAGAUUGGACUCUCCAUGGCUAUUCACCUAAAACAGGUCACAGCCACUGUGCUUAUUAAUGGGCCCAACUUUGUAAUUAGAAUUCCACAGGUAUAUCGUGGACAGAUAAGUCAGCCCUUGCCUUUCUCCCCACAACUACUAUCCAUCAAUGCCUUAGGGUUAGCAGAGUUCCAGCACAACUUUGAGGAAGCUAGAAAUGAAGCCAACGAGAAUUUUCUUCUCCCCAUUGAAAAGGCCCAGGGACAUUUCCUUUUCAUUGUGGGAGAAGAUGAUAAGAAUCUCAACAGCAAAGCAUAUGCCAAGCAAGCCACAGAGCAGUUGAGAAGAAAUGGGAAGAACAAUUGGACUUUGCUAUCUUACCCUGGGGCAGGCCACCUAUUAGAGGCUCCCUACUUGCCACUGUGCUGUGCCUCAAAGAUCUCCAGUCUCCACCUAUUCAUCCACUGGGGAGGAGAGGUGACCCCACAUGCCAUUGCACAAGAGCACUCUUGGAAGGAGAUCAAAAAGUUCCUCAGGAAGCACCUCCUUCCAGUUGUAACCAGUCAACUCUGA